AUGGAGAAGAAGGAUAUCAUUUCAACAUCAGGCAAGUCGACCCCAGCACAAUUUAUUGCGAACAUGUACGCGAAAGUCGAAAGUGAACGUCUUGUUUUCAUUCGCUUAAAUCAAAAGAAGCUGCGCGUUGAAGAAUACGUUCAUUUACGUGAUGCAGUUGCUAUUGAUGGAAACAUUGCUGACAUUGGACAAAUGGUAAUUUUACCUGUAACAUAUACAGGAAGCUCGCGACACAUGCACGAAUACGGGCAAGAUGCUAUGACCGUUAUAUCAGCCGAGCUUCCAAAUCAAGCUGAAGAUCCCAUUCUUUUUGAAAUAAACAAGAAAAAUAUGAUUCAUGGGCCAUGCGGUACUUUUAAUCCUAAUUCACCAUGUAUGCAAAACGGCAAAUGCACAAAGCGAUAUCCACGUGAGUUGAUUACUGAAACUCAAACUGGAGGUGAUGGAUAUCCUCUGUAUAGGCGAAGAAAUCCCACUAAUGGUGGAUACACAACUACUAUUAAGAUGCGAAGUGUAGAUAUCGACAUAGACAAUAGAUGGAUCGUGCCAUACUCGCCACUACUUUCAAAAAUGUUUAAUGCUCACAUCAAUGUUGAGUAUUGUAAUUCGGUAAAGGCCAUAAAAUAUAUUUGUAAAUAUGUUAACAAGGGCAGUGACAUGGCAGUAUUCGGAUUAGCAAAUCGAGUUGAUGAGAUCACGCAAUAUCAAACAGGGCGCUACAUCAGCAGUAACGAAGCAGUAUGGCGAAUAUUUGCAUUCAAUAUUCACGAACGAUAUCCAACGGUUCAACAUCUUGCUGUUCAUUUGGAAAAUGGUCAGCCGGUUUACUUCACCGAAGAAAAUGCGCAAAAUAGAGCAGAGCAACCACAAAACACAACACUGACUGCUUUUUUCGAAUUGUGUACAUCCGAAAAUUUUGCUAAAACGUUGCUGUAUCAAGAUGUGCCCAAAUAUUAUACUUGGAACACAUCGACAAAAAAGUUCAACAGAAGAAAAAGAGGUGCAAUUGUUCCAGAGAAUCCUGGUAUAUAUUCGUCCGAUGCAUUGGGACGUGUGUAUACUGUUCAUCCAAAUAACGCCGAGUGCUAUUAUUUGCGGUUGUUGCUGCAUACAAUCAAAGGGCCGACAUCAUUCCUUGCAUUGAAAACCAUCGACGGAGUAGAAUGCCAAACGUACAGAGAAGCGUGCUUUAAACUGGGCUUACUUGGGAAUGAUCAGAAUUGGAACACAACUCUGACCGAAGCAUCACUCACGUGCCAUCCAAAGCAAAUACGAACUUUGUUUGCGAUAAUUUUAACAACAUGCGCACCAUCGAAUCCUCGACAACUGUAG